AUGGACGGGCUCCAUUCGAAAUUUACCCUCACAACUAAGGUAAAAUAUGUAAUUGGAGCAACCCUUCUGUCGUCGACCUUCAUUUUCUACAUAUACGGCAUUAGCGCCCCAGUAUUUCGAAUUACCGGUGGAGGGCCCGGGCCGUUUGAAAGCCAAUCAGGAUACCAAGACUUCACCCUGCCAAGAUUGCUCCAUCUUCUUCACCUUGCCCCUAAAGAUUGCUGUGGUGCUACGAGUAGUUGCAAAGUAUCAGCUUGUGGACGUGUUUUCGACUACCAUCUUGGUACUAUUGAUGAACGCGCCACUCCCUUGGAUUUUGCCGAAGAUUCCGGAGGCCUUUUAACCCCAGGGUUGCCAAUGGUUCCCCCUCUAGCAUCAACGGAGGGAUAUGGGUCCACUGUUCCAUACAAAGGAUAA